GUAGCCUUGCGCGACAAGGGGAGCAGCGCCGCGCGAAUCCAAUGCUCGAAAUUUCAUCACCGACAACCCUCCAAGCAAUCGCCAUCACCGCCAUCCUUUCCUCUCGUCCAGACCAUUGCUAAACCGAGCCGGACGUCGCUCACACACCUUCUUUUUGGUCUCGCUUCGUUACUAUAUUUGCAGUAAAUCUCAUUGACCCCGACCAUCCCCCCUCCGAUCUUUUCGAGAUCUCUUGUGGCAACCAUGGCAGCUAUCGAGAGUUUCGACAGCAUCUACCUGGACCUGUCCAAGGAGAGUGGCAAGUGCAGGUUCGCCGAGAGUGGCCUUGGAUGGAAGCCUGCCGGCGGCGGUGACACCUUCACCCUCGACCACAGCAACAUCGCCUCGGCGCAGUGGAGCCGAGCUGCCAAAGGCUACGAGAUCAAGAUCCUCAACCGAGACUCGCGCAUCAUCCAGCUCGAUGGAUUUCAGCAAGAGGACUACGAGCGUCUUGCCAAGAUCUUCAAGAACUGGUACAGCACUGCUCUCGAGAACAGAGAGCACGCCCUGAGAGGAUGGAACUGGGGCAAGGCCGACUUCGGGAAGGCCGAGCUUUCUUUCAACGUCCAGAACCGACCCGCCUUCGAAAUCCCCUACUCCGAGAUCUCAAAUACCAAUUUGGCUGGUCGCAACGAAGUCGCGGUGGAAUUCUCCGCCCCGACGGAUCAGAAUGACACUGGCACAAACGGCCACCUGGGCGGUGCGCGAGGCAAGGGCAAGAAGGCGGGAGCCGGCAAGGACCAGCUCGUUGAGAUGCGCUUCUACAUUCCCGGAACCGCCAAGAAGGAAGCCGAUGGCGACGAUGCCGGCAGCGACGCCGGCGCCGAGGAGGAGAAGAACGCCGUCACGUUGUUCUACGACACGCUGAUGGAGAAGGCCGAGAUUGGCGAGACUGCGGGCGAUACCAUCGCUACCUUCUUGGACAUCCUGCACCUUACACCCAGAGGACGUUUCGAUAUCGACAUGUACGACGCGUCUUUUCGCCUCCGGGGUAAGACAUACGAUUACAAGAUCCAGUACGACGCCAUCAAGAAGUUCAUGGUUCUCCCUAAGCCGGAUGAGACUCAUGUCUUGUUGUGUGUCGGUCUGGACCCUCCUCUGCGCCAGGGUCAGACGAGAUACCCCUUUAUCGUGAUGCAGUUUAAGAAGGAGGAGGAGGUCACGAUUGAUCUGAACCUUACCGAGGAGCAAAUAGACGAGCGGUACAAGGACAGGCUGCAGCCUCACUACGAGCAGCCCCUUCACCAGGUCAUCACCUACAUCUUCAGAGGACUUGCCAACAAGAAGAUUACGACACCGGCCAAGGACUUUCAGACCCAUCGCAACCAGUUCGGCAUCAAGUGUUCCAUCAAGGCCAGCGAAGGUUUCCUGUACUGCCUGGAGAAGGCCUUCAUGUUCGUGCCGAAACCUGCGACGUACAUUGCCUACGAGCAGACGGCAUCCAUCACAUUCUCUCGCGUCGGUGGCGCCGUAUCUGCGCUCUCGACCUUUGACAUCACCGUGCAGAUGAAGAACGGUGCGGGCUCGUCACAGUUCAGCAACAUCAACCGCGAGGAUCUCAAGGGGCUUGAGGAGUUUUUCAGGCUGAAGGGCUUGCGCGUCAAGAACGAGAUCGAUGAAGAGUCGAACCUGAUCGCCGCUGCCCUUCGUGAGCAGGCUAUGGACGACUCAGAGGAGGAGGUUGUCGGCGCCGCCAAGGCCGACCGCGGUUCGGCCGACGAAGACGAGGAGAGUGUCGACGAGGACUUCCGUGCUGAGAGCGAGAGUGACGUCGCCGAAGAAUUCGACAGUGAUCACGAGAGCUCGGGUUCCGGCAGCCAGGAGAGUGACGUCGACAAUGCUGAUGACGACGCCGGGGCGGAUGACGACGAAGAAGAGGAAGAGGAGAGGCCCAAGAAGAAGAAGAAGACGGGUUAAUCAGCGGCUUUGUCUUGUUUGGGGCAUGUGAAUGGCACGAGGAGGCUGAGGGGCGUUUUUUUUUCUGGGCCGGACGGAAUGUGUAACACUACGAUCAUCGACUCGCAUGCUGGCCGACAGGCAUCAUUAUCGUGGAGGCGAACCAAAAGAGGUUAAUACUUGGGAAGGGACCUUGAGAGGAUUGGGGAACAGACAGGGGUUCUUUUCUUGCAAUACCAGACCAUUCUUUCUCCUAUCACUUUCGCUCUCUCUCUCUCUCUCUCCCUCUCGCUCUCAUCUCUUGAACGUUUUUGCAUAAACUACAUGCUGGGUAUCUUUCACCUGCGCAAGUGGUGCCGA